AUGAGCGCACAACGUGGGCACCGGGCAGAAAGGGGGGAGGAGGAGGAGGAGGGGGAGGACUGUGUUGCUCGGAUAUUUAUAGCUCAUGAAAUCCUCCUGGAGGCAAGCUCCAAAGGAGAAGAUUAUUCCACAGCUAUCCUGCGCCAGAAGCACCGUCCCAACCGCCUCAUUGUUGAUGAAUCUGCCAAUGAAGACAAUAGUGUGGUGAACCUGACUCAGGCCAAGAUGGAAGAGCUGCACUUGUUCCGGGGGGACACCGUGCUGCUGAAGGGAAAGAAACGCCGGGAGACGGUGUGCAUCGUGCUCACAGAUGACUCCUGCCACAGUGAGAAGAUUCGCAUGAACCGGGUAACCCGGAACAACCUCCGUGUGCGUCUUGGAGAUGUGGUCAGUGUGCAAGCCUGUCCAGAUGUGAAGUAUGGAAAGCGAAUCCAUGUCCUCCCCAUCGAUGAUACUAUCGCGGGCUUGACCGGCAACCUCUUUGAAGUUUACCUCAAACCCUAUUUUCUGGAGGCCUACCGACCUGUGCACAAAGGUGACAUUUUCCUUGUGCGAGGUGGAAUGAGGGCUGUGGAGUUUAAGGUUGUCGAGGUAGAUCCGAGCCCCCACUGCAUCGUGGCUCCCGACACCAUUAUCCACUGCGAGGGCGAGCCCAUCAAGCGGGAGGACGAAGAGGAGAGCCUCAACGAUGUUGGCUACGAUGACAUUGGGGGCUGCCGUAAACAGCUGGCACAGAUCAAGGAGAUGGUGGAGCUCCCGCUGAGACACCCAGCGCUCUUUAAAGCUAUUGGUGUGAAGCCUCCACGAGGGAUUCUACUUUAUGGCCCACCCGGCACUGGGAAAACACUGGUGGCCCGUGCGGUUGCCAAUGAAACAGGAGCCUUUUUCUUCCUGAUCAAUGGCCCAGAGAUCAUGAGCAAACUGGCUGGGGAGUCAGAAAGCAACUUGCGCAAAGCUUUUGAAGAAGCGGAGAAGAAUGCUCCAGCCAUCAUCUUCAUUGAUGAGCUGGAUGCCAUUGCUCCUAAGAGGGAGAAGACCCACGGGGAAGUAGAACGCCGUAUCGUCUCCCAGCUGCUCACCCUCAUGGACGGACUCAAACAGCGCUCCCACGUGGUAGUCAUGGCAGCUACCAAUCGACCUAACAGUAUUGACCCUGCCUUGCGCCGCUUUGGGCGCUUUGACCGAGAAAUUGACAUUGGGAUCCCAGAUUCAGUGGGAAGGCUGGAAAUCUUGCAGAUUCAUACCAAGAACAUGAAACUGGCUGAUGAUGUGGACCUAGAGAGGGUGGCCAACGAGACGCACGGGCACGUGGGCGCUGAUCUGGCAGCAUUGUGUUCAGAGGCAGCGCUCCAGGCCAUCCGCAAGAAGAUGAGUGUCAUCGAUCUGGAGGAUGACACAAUUGACGCUGACAUCCUCAACUCCAUGGCUGUCACCAUGGAUGACUUCCAGUGGGCCCUUGGCCAAAGCAACCCUUCAGCCCUGCGUGAGACGGUCGUGGAGGUGCCCCAAGUCUGCUGGGAUGAUAUCGGGGGUCUGCAGGAAGUCAAACGGGAGCUCCAGGAGCUGGUUCAGUUCCCUGUGGAGUAUCCUGACAAGUUCCUGAAGUUUGGAAUGACGCCAUCCCGAGGGGUGCUCUUCUAUGGACCCCCCGGCUGUGGCAAGACCCUGCUGGCCAAGGCCAUCGCUAAUGAAUGCCAGGCCAACUUUGUCUCCAUCAAGGGCCCCGAACUGCUCACCAUGUGGUUUGGAGAGAGUGAGGCCAACGUCCGGGAUGUCUUUGACAAGGCCCGGCAGGCGGCUCCCUGCAUCCUCUUUUUUGAUGAGCUGGACUCCAUUGCCAAGGCCCGGGGUGGCGGAGCAGGGGAUGGAGGGGGUGCCGCGGACCGUGUCAUCAACCAGAUCCUCACGGAAAUGGACGGCAUGACCAACAAGAAGACUGUGUUCAUCAUAGGCGCCACCAACAGACCAGACAUCAUUGACCCGGCCAUCCUCCGCCCAGGGCGCCUGGACCAGCUGAUCUACAUCCCCUUGCCUGAUGAGAAAUCUCGCGUAGCUAUCCUCCAAGCCAACUUGCGAAAGUCGCCUGUCGCCAAGGAUGUGGACUUGAAUUACCUUGCGAAGAUCACACAUGGCUUCUCGGGAGCAGAUCUCACAGAAAUCUGCCAGCGUGCCUGCAAGCUUGCCAUCCGUGAGGCCAUUGAGAUGGAGAUCAAAGCAGAGCGGGAACGCCAGCGUCAUAAAUAUGCUGCCAUGGAUGAUGAUUACGACCCUGUACCAGAGAUUCGACGUGACCACUUUGAGGAAGCAAUGCGCUUCGCACGCCGUUCGGUCAGUGAUAAUGACAUACGCAAGUACGAGAUGUUUGCCCAGACGUUACAACAGAGCCGUGGCUUUGGCAACUUCAGGUUUCCUUCUGGAAAGCAGGGCAGCAGUGGUGGAGGCGGCAGCAGCAGUGGAGGCGGCAGUGGCAGUGGCCAAGGAGGCCUUUUCCAGGAGGAGGGCGAUGAUGAUCUCUACAACUGAUUUGAGUUUCGCUGGAGCUGCUGGCCCUGUACGUUGAUAGCUAUUGUGCUCAUUCAUGUGAGAAGUGGUGCUUGAGGCCCGAGAGCCUGCCCUCACCCUUAUAUGCAGAACAUAAGCUCCUAGAGAUACACCCGAUAUGCUGAAUUUUAACAGGCAAGGCCUGGUGCCAAGACCACCUCCUCCUGGGUCUUCCAGGGAAACGUGGUUCAUCUUGUUGUUGGGCGGUUAAGGCAAUACUUGUGGGAGCCACGAGGGGAAGUCAAAACCCAAGUGGCUGACGUAAGGACUAAGGAAUGGCCAUGCUGGAUCAGAUCAAAGCAUUCUCUUUCCAGCGAAGCCCCUGCCAGAUGCCUCUCAAAGGUCAAAAGCAAAAUGUAAAUAUGUCCAUUUAUCCCCCUGUGUCUCAUCUCAGAGACACUCCCAAGCUGGCUCGUCUUCCUUGCCACACUUGUCUUCUGAUGGCUUCCCGUGUAGAAGGAACUGGCGGAUCAGCCUUCUGCUGGCCACCCAGCCCUGCUUUGCCAGCCAGUUUGCCCCUUUCCAUUUGCCCCUUUCCAACCUUGUUGCAGAGUUAAGUAUUUGGAGCCUCCAGACUCUUCCAAGAGGACGGCUGAUCUCUAGUUUGUGCUAACAGGUGACAGGGACCUCUGGCAAUCCACUGAAUGGACACUACACACCACUUAUGCUGGAAGGGAAUUCUAUAAUAAAGCUACUAAGCAGUACAACCUCAAA